GUCGCGACUGGGCCUGCCGUCCCAUUAAACCAACACAUCUUCACCUUGCUCCGUUCACUUUGCUUUCCAACCCCGUCGCUCUUCACACCACCAUAUCAACUUCAGGAUAUGUUAUUUCGAACGAGAUCCAAACCCCCAAUCGAAGUCUUGUGUCUGAAGUAGCCCACUGAACCAGACUCCAGCCUGGAGCGAGUCUCAGUCUGCACGCGCAACACACACCCCCCCCCCACAUCCUGCCACGCAACGCCAUGGACGCGAGCGCACAGCCCAUCACUCGCAUCGACGAGCCCGGCGUCCGGGCCGAGGGACAGCUGCUCCAGCAGCUGCGCCAGGAGGUCGCCGGCCUGCUGGGGCGGUCCCAGAUCGGCUUCCCCGGCGCACAGCCCGUGAGCUUCUCGAGGCGGCACCUGCAGGAGCUGAUGACCAAGGACUACUUCGUCUGCGAAAAGACCGACGGCAUCCGCUACCUGCUCUACCUUACCUCGGACGAGAACGGCGACGAGAUCGCCUACCUGAUCGACCGCAAGAACGACUUUUGGUUCAUGCAGUACCGCAACCUGCACUUCCCGACACCCGAGAACGAGGGCGGGCAGCACGACAAGUCCAUCAUCGACGGCGAGCUGAUCAUGAGCCGGCAGCCGGGCGGGGGCGAGAAGCCCCAGUUUUUGGUGUUCGACUGCCUCACGCUGGACGGCAUGUCGCUGCUGGAGCGGCCCCUCGACAAGCGCCUGGCCUACUUCAACCAGAAGAUCUACGCGCCCUACCGGCAGGUGUUCAAGAAGUACCCCGAGGAGGCGCGCUUCCAGGCGUUCCAGCUGGUGAUGAAGGAGAUGCAGCUCGCGUACGGCAUGGUCAAGAUGUUCCGCGAGGUGCUGCCGAACCUGGCGCACGGCAACGACGGGCUCAUCUUCACGUGCCGCGAGACGGCGUACCGGUGCGGCACGGACGAGCACAUCCUCAAGUGGAAGCCGGCGGACGAGAACACGGUCGACUUCAAGCUGCAGCUCAACUUCCCGCUGGUGGAGCCCGACGAGCAGGACCGCGCCGAGGGCGUGGCGGAGCCGUACGUCGACUACGAGGGCGUCCCGCCCGCGCGGCUGCUCAUCUUCGCGCAGGGCCAGGUCGAGCGCGGCGCGGACCCGUACGUCGACUACGGGGAGCUGUUCCUCACCGAGGACGAGUGGGAGACCCUCAAGGGCCUGGGGGACCCGCUCUCGGGCCGGAUCGUCGAGUGCUACGUCGACGAGCGCGGGCGGUGGCGCAUGUACCGCUUCCGCGACGACAAGCACCACGCCAACCAUAUUACUGUCGUUGAUAAGGUCAUCGAGAGCAUACAGGACCCCGUCACGCAGCAGAUGCUCGAGGAGGCCGGGCCGGCCAUCCGGGACAGGUGGAAGGCGAGGGAGGCUGGGCGGAGGCACUGAGGCGGGCGGGGUGUGUGCGCGGUUCUGGGUUUGGGUUGGCAUGCGUGCGUGCAUGGAUGAAUGAAUGAAUGGAUGGACAUGCUUGCAUCAACCAGCCAGCAAGCCGGCCAACAUCCCAAUCAACGGCGCCGGCUUGCUGGGGUGGGUCUACUUACCACUACUAUCGACCCCGUCCGUCUUGUGCCGAUUCCCACGAGUCGGGUGUUAAUUGGGCGGCGACAAGAAGAUGAAGAAGAAGAAGAAGAAGAAGAACAAACACGCUACCGUUUGAAAGCAAGCAAGGAAUGAAUAGGUGUGGUUCCCUUGAUGAGAAGACCUCGGGAUGGGGACCUCGAGGUUGGCCUUGCAAAAGGCACUGGCGAUAAGACAAGAAGCCAAGAAAUGGGCGAGAAGGAGCGGAGGGGGGGUGCCAGGCGUUUGGUUUUCGGAGUCUCUUUUUCUUUAGGGUAUUUGUCUUUUUUCUUCUUUUCGUCAUCCGACACUCUGUGGCCGGGGGGAUGUGUUGCUUGAUGGAUUCACUAAUCAACUAGCUAGGGAUCUAUGGCGUUCAGGACACGGUAUUACCCAGGAAAGAAAGAAGGUCUCUGGACUGGCGGGCGGGCGGGGGGAUAUAGCUCUUUUGUAAUCUGUUGGAAACAGUUUGGGUUUCUCACACAAUCUAAGCCAUGUUGUUUCCAAGAGUUUGUCUUGUCUUCUCUGUGCGCCGUUCAUGAGUCGGAGGUGUUCCAUGCUGGCCGGCCGUACCUGUGCUGUGUUGUGUUUUGUUCUUGGCUGGGUUGUCUCUCUCUGGAUGUCUGUCGCCUUCGAUGAAAAACAAGAAGAAAAAAAAGUGAAGUACCCUAGGGGAGUCGACUGUUCUUGCUGGACAACUGGAUAUGAGCCUCCAGGUUGUGAGUGGGGUUUUGCCUCCCCCCCCCCUCCCCUCGAACCAGCCAGCCUCCAAGCACACGUCUGCUGAGAACAGACUUGGCAAAAGUCCGGGGAGCGCUGCUCAACACAAUCAGUCCGGUCUACUGGAAGGCCUGGGGACGAGUGACACGUGUGGAUCUCGUGAGAGAUGGGAGGCUUGCUU